AUGUCUCUUAUAUCUACUUCUUUUCUGUUACUUUUUCCUUUUCAAGUUCUUUUUAUAAGGAGGCGUUCCGCAUGCGCCGUCAAACGGGACAUCCAUUCCACUAGGAAACCAAUUCUCCUCGCAAUUUCGCGAACAUAUCUUUUCGGCCAAUAUGCCAAGACAUUCGCCAGACGUCCUAUCGGCCCGCAGGACUCGGCCAAAACUAACUUUUUCCGUUUCACUAUUCGUUUCCGUUUUCUUCUUGUCACGUGGUCAAUUUUCAAAAUACUAACUUUUCCCCAUUAUGGCUGGAAUGGGGCCAUCGACCCUCUCUCUCAUCUUCAGGAUCUAUCUAUUUGUUUUUCAUAUCUAUCUAUCUAUUUUUCUAUCUAUCAAUCUAUCUGUUUUAUCUCAUCUAUCAAUCUAGCUUUUUUAUCCUAUCUAUCUAUCUAUCUAUCUAUCUAUCUAUCUAUCGAUCUAUCUAUCUAUCUGUUUUUCAUGUAUAUCUAUCUGUUUUUCAUAUCUAUCUAUCUAUCUAUCUAUCUAUCUGUUUUAUCUUAUCUAUCUAUCUCUCUAUCUGUCUCUCUAUCUAUCUAUCUGAUUUUCACAUCGAUCUAUCUAUCUAUCUAUCUAUCUAUCUGUUUUUCAUAUCUAUCUAUUUAUCUAUCUAUCAAUCUAUCUGUUUUAUCUUAUCUUAUCUAUCUAUCUAUCGAUCUAUCUAUCUAUCUAUCUUUUUUCAUGUAUAUCUAUCUGUUUUUCAUAUCUAUCUAUCUAUCUAUCUAUCUAUCUAUCUGUUAUUCAUAUCUAUCUAUCUAUCUAUCUAUCUAUCUAUCUAUCUAUCUAUCUGUUUUAUCUUAUCUAUCUAUCUCUCUAUCUCUCUCUCUAUCUAUCUAUAUAUCUGUUAUUCAUAUUCAUUCAUCUAUCUAUUCAUUAUUCAUUCAUCCAUUCAUCUAUCUGUUUUAUCUUAUCUAUCUAUCUCUCUAUCUAUCUAUCUAUCUAUCUAUCUGUUAUUCAUAUCUAUCUAUCUAUCUAUCUAUCUAUCUAUCUGUUUUAUCUUAUCUAUCUAUCUAUCUCUCUAUCUGUCUCUCUAUCUAUCUAUCUGAUUUUCACAUCUAUCUAUCUAUCUAUCUAUCUAUCUAUCUGUUUUUCAUAUCUAUCUAUUUAUCUAUCAAUCUAUCUGUUUUAUCUUAUCUUAUCUAUCUAUCUAUCGAUCUAUCUAUCUAUCUAUCUAUCUAUCUAUCUAUCUUUUUUCAUGUAUAUCUAUCUGUUUUUCAUAUCUAUCUAUCUAUCUAUCUAUCUAUCUAUCUGUUAUUCAUACUAUCUAUCUAUCUAUCUAUCUAUCUAUCUAUCUAUCUAUCUGUUUUAUCUUAUCUAUCUAUUUCUCUAUCUCUCUCUCUCUAUCUAUCUAUCUGUUAUUCAUAUCUAUCUAUCUAUCUAUCUAUCUAUCUAUCUAUCUAUCUGUUUUAUCUUAUCUAUCUAUCUCUCUAUCUCUCUCUCUAUCUAUCUAUCUGUUUUUCACAUCUAUCUAUCUAUCUAUCUAUCUAUCUAUCUAUCUAUUUAUCUGUUUUUUCAUAUCUGUCUAUCUAA